GAGGACGGCGACUCCCGGGCGACUGCAGUUGGCGGUGGGAUAUUGCCCGCUCGCUCCGGAUUUUCGCAUCGGAGGAAACGUCAAGGUGGCUACUAGGAACACGCGAUCGCCGCCGCUUUGCCGGGACUUUCUUGCUUUUCCUUCGCUUCUUCUUCGUCUUCUGGUUUGAGAGGCUUUCGUUUCAAAUAUGUGCGGGUGAACAGUUGUGCGCCGUCGCCCGGGAGACCUCACAAAGGGUAUUGCCUUGAGACUCCUGGACCACAAUGGAAUGCUGAAUAAGGCGGUAGCAAGAUUACAACAAUAGACCAUGGACUUCAACACGAGACACUGGUGAUGCAGCGGCAGUUUGAGACUUCUGAUCAGGUUAUUUGCCUGGGCCCGUUGUGCAGAUCUAAGUGUGAUCACUUUGAACAGCUGGAAAUUGUACACUAGUACUUGUGGCAGACUCGGUAUUUUCGAGAGGCCUAAUUUGGAUGCCCUAUCUGCAGCACAUCUUCAAUCAUGGCUGUUUCGGGAGCAAAAGCUGUUCUACUGUCAUUUGCGAGCCUUUUCCUUCUCACAUUUCACCUCUCUGCGGCACACAGGAUUCCUGACUACGCUGAAGAAGACGAGGAAAAGCAGUGUUCCAGAAGAGAGCACCCUAUGAUUUAUUUCGAAGAUCUGAAGCCUUGGGUUUCAAAUUUCACAUACUCUGGUGUACGGGACUUCUCUCAGCUUGCUCUAGAUGCCAAUAGGAAUCAACUCAUUGUUGGAGCCAGGAACUACCUCUUCAGACUUAGUCUAUACAACGUUUCUCUUAUUCAGGCAACAGAAUGGGGCUCAGAUGAAGACACCAGGAGAUCAUGUCAAAGUAAAGGAAAAACUGAGGAGGAAUGCCAAAACUAUGUUCGCGUUCUCAUUGUUUAUGGGAAGAAGGUUUUCACUUGUGGCACAAAUGCUUUUUCACCAGUAUGUUCCAGCAGACAGGUAGGAAAUCUUAGCAAAAUAAUUGAAAAAAUAAAUGGGGUAGCUCGCUGCCCUUACGACCCUCGGCACAACUCAACAGCUGUAAUCACAUCCCAGGGAGAACUGUAUGCUGCAACAGUCAUUGACUUUUCUGGACGGGAUCCAGCCAUUUAUCGCAGCCUUGGAAACAUCCCACCUCUUAGAACAGCACAGUACAACUCUAAAUGGCUUAACGAGCCCAACUUCAUUGCUGCCUAUGACAUUGGUUUGUUCACUUACUUCUUUUUCCGUGAGAAUGCGGUGGAGCAUGACUGUGGAAAAACUGUCUAUUCUCGUGUGGCCAGAGUUUGUAAAAAUGACAUUGGGGGACGAUUUUUGUUGGAAGAUACAUGGACAACUUUCAUGAAGGCUCGGCUGAAUUGUUCCCGUUCUGGAGAAAUCCCUUUUUACUACAAUGAACUGCAAAGCACAUUUUAUCUUCCUGAACAGGAUUUGAUCUAUGGAGUAUUCACAACCAAUGUAAACAGUAUUGCUGCUUCAGCAGUGUGUGCCUUCAAUCUCAGUGCUAUUACACAAGCCUUUAAUGGACCUUUCCGAUACCAGGAGAACCCAAGAUCUGCAUGGCUCCCAACAAUCAAUCCGAUCCCAAACUUUCAGUGUGGAGUAUUGAAUGACGAUGGCCCCAAUGAGAAUCUAACAGAAAGGAUCCUGCAGGAUGCUCAGCGCUUGUUCCUAAUGAAUGAUGUGGUGCAACCCGUCUCUGUGGAUCCAUAUGUUACUCAAGACAACAUCCGCUUUUCCAAACUGGUGGUUGACAUUGUUCAGGGCAAGGAUACACUCUAUCAUGUGAUGUACAUUGGGACAGAGCAUGGCACCAUUUUGAAGGCACUCUCUACUACUAAUAAGAGCCUGAGGAGUUGUUAUUUAGAGGAAAUGGAGAUUCUUCCCGCUAGCCAAAAGGAGCCAAUCCAAAGUCUUCAAAUAUUGCACAGUGGCAGAUCGUUGUUUGUUGGUUUGAAUAACGGAGUGCUAAAGAUCCCCCUGGAGAGAUGUUCAAUGUAUAGAACAGAAGGAGACUGCCUGGGUGCAAGGGACCCAUAUUGUGGCUGGGAUAAAAAGCAAAAGCGAUGCACAACCAUUGAGGACAGCUCCAAUAUGAGCCUCUGGAGUCAAAAUAUUACCGAGUGCCCUGUGAAAAAUUUGAUGGUGCAUGGGCAGUUGGGGACCUGGUCUCCAUGGCAACCAUGUGAACACUCAGAUGGAGAUAGUACAGGUUCCUGCAUGUGUAGAUCACGGUCGUGUAACAACCCUCAGCCACGGUGUGGUGGACGUGACUGUGAAGGAGCCAGGAUAGAGAUUGCAAAUUGCUCAAGGAAUGGAGCUUGGACCCCAUGGUCGUCCUGGGCCCCCUGCAGCACUUCCUGUGGGAUUGGCUUUCAGGUCCGUCAGAGGUCAUGCAGCAACCCUGCUCCGCGAUACGGAGGCAGGGUCUGUGUCGGACAAAGCAGAGAGGAGCGAUUCUGCAAUGAGAACAGUCCAUGCCCAUUACCAAUCUUCUGGUCUUCGUGGGGCCCUUGGAAUAAAUGUAGUGCAAACUGUGGUGGAGGCAUGCACUCUAGGCAGAGGUCCUGUGAGAAUGGAAACUCUUGCCCAGGCUGUGCUGUGGAGUACAAAACCUGCAGCCCAGAGGCCUGCCCAGAAGUCCGGAGAAGCACACCCUGGACCCCUUGGACCCCUACCAAUAUUACUCAAAGUGGGGCCCGCCAAGAGCAGCGCUUCCGUUACACCUGUCGUGCUCAGCUGGCUGACCCCCAUGACCUACAGUUUGGCAGAAAGAAGACAGAGAGUCGGUUUUGCCCCAAUGAUGGCUCCGCAGUUUGUGACACAGAUUCUCUAGUUGAUGAUCUUCUGAAGAGUGGCAAGACCUCUAUCCGGAUUAUCAAUGGUGGCUGGUCCUUUUGGGGUGGAUGGUCAUCUUGUACCAGGGAUUGUGAACUGGGCUUCAGAACCAGGAAGCGAAUGUGCACCAAUCCAGAACCCAAGAAUGGUGGUGUUCCUUGCAUAGGAUCAGCAAUGGAAUAUCAGGAUUGUAACUCACACCCUUGCCCAGUGAAGGGCUCAUGGUCCUGCUGGACUCCUUGGUCUCAGUGCUCAGCAACAUGUGGAGGUGGACACUACCAGCGUACCCGGACCUGCACCAACCCAGCACCAACUAAUGGGGAGGAUAUCUGCAUUGGACUACACACAGAGGAAGCCCUCUGUAAUACCCAUCCAUGUGAAGGAGGCUGGUCUGAAUGGUCUGAAUGGAGUUUAUGCAAUGAAGAAAGCAUCCAAUAUCGUAGCCGUUUCUGUGAAAUGCACAGCCCAGGAUCUAUUCAAUGUGCAGGGAACAGUACACAGUAUCAAGAAUGUCUGUAUAAUGAGAUCCCUGUAAUCCUGCCAGCAUCAAGCAUUGAUGAGAGCACGAACUGUGGAGGUUUUAGCCUCAUCCACCUCAUUGCCACAGGACUCUCCUGUUUCUUUGGCUCUAGCCUCUUAACCUUUGUGAUCUACGUUUACUGUCAACGGUGCCAGAGACAAUCUCAGGAGUCAACCAUUAUCCAUCCCACCACUCCCAAUCAUCUUCAUUACAAAGGCAACACAACUCCCAAGAAUGAAAAGUACACACCUAUGGAAUUCAAGACACUGAACAAGAACAAUUUAAUACCAGAUGACAGGACCAACUUCUAUCCUUUGCAACAAACAAACGUGUACACAACAACCUAUUAUCCCAGUACACUCAAUAAAUACGACUACAGGCCCGAGGCCUCCCCUGGAAGGACCUUUACUAAAAGCUGAUGAUGAUCUGCCUAAGAACUGGAUUACUUCCUAUAUGUUUUUUAUUUUUAAAAUUGAGUUUAUGGACCAAAUAUUGGCCCAAUCUAUAGGUGUAAAUAUUAUAAGUGGGCCUUUUAUUUUCUCUCUUAUCGGUGGUCUUACUUUCAAGUAGCACAUCUCCUUAAGUGGAUCUUCUGCUUAUGGAUAAUGGGUGGUCUAGGAUAUUUGAGGAGUAUUCAGCUAGAGAUAGCAGAUCCUUUACGGAUAUCACAGUUUGAGUUGUCCCUUCGGUGUCUGAUACCAAGAUAAUCCUGGAACCAGCCCUAAUGUGCUAAGUUUGCGUGGAAUGAUAUGACUAUCCAGUACAACUUCGAAAAUUCUGUGGACAUUGAAAGAGAAAUCCUAGCAAAGUGCUGAGACUUAUUCUUCAUAUGCCUACAGGUUAAUAGUAUUAGGAACAUCAUCCAUCAGACAUAUUCAAGAGUUCAGCUUUUAAGCUUCAGAAUCAUCAGCAUUUUCUGUGACAUGGCAAAUAUAUGCAAGCAACCUUUAGUGGGAAAAAUCCUGUCAAGAUUUAUAAAACAAAUGAGAUAACUUCACACAAGAGAAAUGUUUUGAAGCAUUUCUAAACAAAGUGGUAAGACUUUUAAGUUUGGAUACAUGAAGCAUGGGCUUUGGAUGCACAAAAGAUGGUUGAUUCUCCUGGACAAUAGGAAGAGAGUGAAACAAGAGCCAUGGAAGAUUCUGAUAGAAACUUCCCUCUUCUUGCUUUGAUUCCAGGAGAUUCUUAAGACACCGUUGGACUGAUGGCCCUCUGCCCUUGUUGAAAUUACCAAGCUUUGUGCUAAUGCUGAUUUUAUUUUUUAUAAUUUUUUAUUCACUUGAACAAAGAAAAGAAUAUUGAUUUCAGUAUGUCUCUAAAGAAUGUCUCCAUAGUGUAGCCUAACCCAGAAAGCCUACGGCAAAGUCCUUUAGUGUCUUCCAGCCAAGAAAGAAAUACAAUGUACAUCAGUAGCUGCCAUUGUUCACUAGUAUUGGAGCAAGAAAGAUAAUUAUUCUGCUCCAAUUAAAAUAAACGGGGAUCUGUAUCAUUUUGAAACAAUCCAACCCAGCCUUCAAAGAUUAUCUUUUAUGCUGCGUUACACCAAUGCGUCUAGUCGUGUCAUUUUGGGCUAGAUGAGUCUCUUGUUAAUGAUACUUUCUCAUCAUCUAAUGUAUACAUUCUUGGUGCUAAGCAGUGAAGAUGGCCGCAAUAUAUAUAGCAUGGGAUAAGAAUGUAAGUCAGUUCCUACAUGAAUUCUGAUCUGUUUGCUGUUGCUGGAUUGUCUGUGCUUUAAGCCAUUGGUUUCCAACUCAGGUUGACUAGCAUUGAACACUGAAUGGACAGCUGCUGGUAGUACCUUCAUUAAUGAUCUAUUGGAAGAAUUGUCUGAGAGGUGGCACAGUCCAGACCCUACACCCAAGCAAGAAAGCCAGACUGAUAAGUUACUCUAAAAUGACUCAGGAUGCUGUUUUAAAGUGACAAAAUGAUCCAGGGCUGAUACCAGCAUCUCAUUCUACCUUACAGAAUCAGAAGUCAUAAAACAAGCAUUAGUGCCUAAGCUGUGAAAAACCCUGGCUGAGUGCAUGGGACAGAUAUGAUUUAGUGAUUCAGAUAGGAUGUCCUCUACGGAUCUUUCUGUUGGCUAAUGAAAGAGAGUGAUUGGGCAGUCAAAUUGCUACAGGCUCCUAACCCAAACUAAGCCCUUGUAGGAAGGUGUGUCAAGUUCCUGUGAGAGCAAACUGUGUACAUUUCACCAGCAGAAGCCGCUGCUUGUGCAGAUCUGUAAUAAUUGGGAUACUUCUUAUUAACUAAUUAACACUUGAGGUCUGUAAGAAAUUGUUGGACGAAGGCCAGAGUGAAGCAUUGUUUCAGACAAGAGUUCCAUUUUUUGCCAGAAUUCAUUUUGCAGCAGUAACUGCAAAUUAAGUAUUCAUUAUCCUGUUGUUUUGCUUGAGUUUUUUUUGCCAUGUGGGGAUCCAGGUAGAUUUUUUCCAGUGACUUAAAUAGUGGGUUUUCAUUCAUUUUACUUUUUUUUUUCUUCAGAUAUCAGAAAUCAUGGCAUAUUUCAGGGCAGGGAUAUUUUUAUGUACUCUAUCGCAAUUCUUUCUUCCCAGGGACCCAAAUGUGAAAAAUGAUAGACUUUCAAAAAUAAGAAUCACCAUUCUUAAAUCAGUUGCAUAUUCU